GUGAGGAACUGAGCACGCUUUCUGCCCGCUCGCAGCUCACCUCUCAGGACCCUCCACUGAGCCCCCGGGCCACCCGCCUGCUCGUCCGCGGGGAGCACGAACCCCCGCUGUACGGCGAAGGCUCGGUCAAAAUGGCCGCGCCCGGCCGCGAUACCCAGGGGCGCCGCCAUCGCAGCCUCCGGACCGGCUGAGGCCGCGCUUCGAGCCGCAGCCAUGUCGGCCUCCGCCUGCGAGCGGAUCCUCACAGAGCGGGAGAGCGUGGGCCGGAGGAGGAGAGCGGGGACGACCGAAGGGGCCGGGCGUCCAGCGCAGAUGGCUGUGUCCGAGCCGGGGGGCAGCGCUGCGGGAUUGGUAACAUUCCAAGAUGUGACUAUGGCCUUUACCCAGAAGGAAUGGGAGCAACUAGAUCCUGCUCAGAGGAGUCUGUAUAAGGAUGUGAUGCUGGAGAACUACAGCAACCUUGCCUUGAUGGGGUAUCAAGCUCCCAAACCAGACAUGAUCUCCAAGUUGCAAAAAGGAGAAGAGCCAUGGUUGGGAAAGGGCAAAAGACCCAAACAAGAUGGUCCCAGGGAACUAGCAAGACCCAAGCAAAUAGGAACCAAUAGAAACGAAGUCCAGCAAGGUAAUGACCAGCUCGGGAAUGAUCAGGAAUCUCAAAACAAACUCCUUAAGGAAGUUACAUUCAAGAAAAAAAGUCUGACUAAGAAGAAAGACCAUGAAUGUAGUUCACUGGGGGAAAAAAGUGUGAGUACAAAACAUGUUCCUUCAAAAAAAAAGCUUAAAUUUGAUUCACAUAGAAAGAGUUUGAAACAGAAUUCAGAUUUACCUGGUCAUAUAAGAAACUAUGCAAAAAAGAAGCCUAGUGUCGCUAAAGAGCACAAGAAAUCGUUCAGCCAUAGCUUACCUGAUACAAAGAAAGACAAAAAUCAAACUGGAAAGAAACAAAAAUUACCCAACCAUAGCUUAUCUAAUAAGUGUGACAAAACUCAAACUGGCAAGAAACAUGAGAAAUUAGCUCAGAAUAGCUCAUCUGAUACUAAACAGGACGAAAUUAAAACUGGACAUGAAAAAUCAUCCUGCUCAUCUCCUACUAAGUGUGACAAAACUCAAGCUAAAACAAAGCCCUAUGAAUGUAAUCAAUGUGGGAAGCUUCUCAGCCAUAAACAAGGACUCAUUGACCAUCAGAGAAUUCAUACUGGAGAGAAACCGUAUGAAUGUAAUGAAUGCGGAAUAGCCUUUAGCCAAAAGUCACACCUCGUUGUACAUCAAAGAACUCACACUGGAGAAAAACCAUAUGAAUGUAUUCAGUGUGGCAAAGCCCACAGUCAUAAACAUGCCCUCACCGACCAUCUGAGAGUUCAUACUGGGGAAAAGCCCUAUACAUGUACUGAUUGUGGGAAAACUUUUAGACACAGCUCAAACCUUAUUCAACAUGUGAGAUCUCAUACAGGAGAGAAGCCCUAUGAAUGUAAGGAAUGUGGAAAAUCCUUUAGGUAUAACUCAUCUCUUACUGAACAUGUGAGAACUCACACAGGUGAAAUACCCUAUGAAUGUAAUGAAUGUGGAAAGGCUUUUAAGUAUAGCUCAUCCCUUACUAAACAUAUGAGAAUUCAUACAGGGGAGAAACCCUUUGAAUGUAAUGAAUGUGGAAAAGCUUUCAGCAAGAAGUCACACCUCAUUAUACAUCAAAGAACUCAUACUAAGGAGAAGCCCUAUAAAUGUAAUGAAUGUGGAAAAGCAUUUGGACAUAGCUCAUCUCUUACUUACCACGUGAGAACUCAUACAGGUGAAAGUCCUUUUGAAUGUAAUCAAUGUGGGAAGGCCUUCAAACAAAUUGAAGGGCUUACUCAACAUCAGAGAGUUCAUACUGGGGAGAAACCUUAUGAAUGUAAUGAAUGUGGAAAAGCUUUUAGCCAAAAGUCACACCUCAUUGUACAUCAGAGAACUCAUACUGGGGAAAAACCUUUUGAAUGUAACGAAUGUGGAAAGGCUUUCAAUGUGAAGUCACAACUUGUUAUACAUCAGCGAUCCCACACUGGAGAGAAGCCCUAUAAAUGUAAUGAAUGCGGGAAAGCUUUCAAACAAAAUGCAUCCCUUACCAAACAUGUGAAAACUCAUUCAGAAGAAAAAUCUCAUGAGUGAAAUGAAUGUGGGAAAUCUUUUAACUCAACUAAAGGUUCUAUUUAACCUUAGUAGGAUUCUGAAUUUUAAGGAUGUUAGAAAGCCUUUAAUAAGAAGUCACACCUAAUUACACAUGAGAGAAUUUGAAAGUGAAUCUUACAUAGAAGCAAUGGAUGAUACCAACCUUUUAUUAAAAUAUUGUCUUAAAAUACUCAAUUAUUAAUUAUUUAUAUAUUCAGACCAAAAUCUAAAGCUUUAAAAAUCAUUAAUGGCCUGAAUAAUCAGAGCAAUGGAGAAACAAAUUACAUAUGCUGACAAUUCCUGAGUUGCUUCAGUGUGUGUACUUAAGCUCCACAUAUGAGAAUUGAGUUUGAAUAUCUGUUAAUUUCCAGGUAUAAGUGCGUCUGGCCACUGAUAUAAGCCUCAUCUUUCAUAUUAUCACCUAACUCUUUCUUAAUGUCUCUGUUAGCUUCUACAUCAGCUGCAAACUUUCUAAAAGUUAUUUAUGUAAAAAAAUAUUAACACAAAAUUAAGAAAAAAAAUCAGGGGCGCCUGGGUGGCACAGCGGUUAAGCGUCUGCCUUCGGCUCAGGGCGUGAUCCCGGCAUUCUGGGAU